AUGCGCAGGGCAAAUGUCUUGCAUGGUUCCAGCUGGUCGGUUCGCCUCCCUGGGUUCGGAUUUUGGGGGAUCGCAACGGUAGUUGGAGCCCCUGACAUGGUGCUUUCACAAGAGGCCCAGAACGAUAUCAGGAUCGAUCCAGUCGGUGUCACAGCUGUCUCGAAAUUGACGAUUUCUCAAGGAGUCAAAUCUUUUGCCUUGAACAUAUUGAAAAUGGCUACAACUACCACCGUAUUGCAGUCCAUCCAAACGCGAGCCUCGGUAACAGAACAUCGAGGCACCGAGAUGCAAGCACUCCGCCCAAGGGUCGAAGACACAUUCAUGGAUGGCUUGUCAACUAUUGAUGGAACCGGUGCAACCAUUGGCAGAAGUGCUCCUAUCAAGGGCAUUCCCAAAUUCCCAGAUCCGUAUCAAGAACGCAAAUGGAUGCUGGAACGUAUGGCCGGUGCCUUUCGAGUGAUCGCUCGCAAGGGAUAUGUUGAAGGUACGGCGGGUCACAUCUCGAUUCGUGACCCGGUCGACCCUGAAACUUUUUGGAUCAACCCUCUUGCUCGCCAUUUUGGUCUGAUGAAAGCGAGUGACAUGGUCCAUGUCAAUAUGAAGGGAGAAAUUAUUGGUGGAAAUUACGCAUGUAUUAACAACGCAGGUUUCAACAUCCUGUCGGAUUAG